GGUUCAUUUCCUUUACCAAACAGUCUUGUAACUCCUUCGAGAGGAGAAGCUGAAAAAUGGAGUCGUGCACACAAAAUACUGCAGCUGAUGAGGUUAUUACACGUCGUUCAGGCAAGCAUCAUCCUACUGUUUGGGGAGACCAUUUUCUUGCGUAUGCUAAUCUUCCGGGAGCCAAUAAGGGGGAAGAGAAGCAGCAUGAAGACCUAAAACAAGAAGUGAGAAAGAUGCUAGAGAUGGCUCCUUCAAAAUCUUUGCAAAAUCUUGAUCUGAUCAACACAAUCCAAUGUCUUGGCGUAGCUUAUCAGUUUGAACGUGAGAUUGAUGAAUCAUUGAGUUACAUGUACACCCGUUAUGAAGAAUGGAUUGGUGAAGUUGAUGGAAGUGACCUACAUGCUAUUGCUCUAUGCUUUCGAUUACUCAGGCAACAAGGUUAUUAUGUCUCAUGUGAUGCUUUUAGGAAGUUCACUGACGACCAAGGAAACUUCAACAAAGAAUUGGUUAAAGACGUGCCUGGAAUGUUGAGCUUAUAUGAGGCAGCACAAUUCAGGGUACAUGGCGAAGAAAUUCUGGAUGAAGCACUGAAUUUCACCAUCACUCGGUUGAAACUAAGUUUGCCUAAAUUGAGCAACUCCCUUGCACAGCAAGUCAGUAACGCACUGAAGUUUCCAAUUAAAGAUGGUAUGGUGAGGGUAGAAACAAGGAAAUACGUAUCAUUUUACCAAGAAAAUGAAUCACACAAUGAAGUGUUACUAAACUUUGCCAAACUGGACUUUAACAUCUUGCAAAGGUUGCAUAAAAAGGAGCUAUGUGAUAUCACAAGGUGGCAGAAAGAACUUGAAAUGGUGAAGGGAUUACCUUAUGCAAGAGACAGAUUGGUUGAGUUAUACUUCUGGAGUUUAGGUGUCUACUUUGAACCUCAGUACAGAGUUGCGAGGAAAAUAUUAACAAAAGUUUUAUGCUUCAUUUCUAUUUUGGAUGACACAUAUGAUAUCUAUGGGACACUGGAUGAACUUACUCUCCUCACAGAGGCAAUUGAAAGGUGGAAUGUUGAUGCUUCAGAACAGUUACCACCAUAUCUGAAGAUUAUUUACCGUGGUCUUCUAGAUGUUUACAAUGAAGUUGAGAAAGAGCUGGCACAUGAAAACAAGUCAUUUCUAGUCGACUAUUCCAUAACUGAGAUGAAAAAGGUGUUGAGGUCUUACUUCCAAGAGGCAAAAUGGUAUCAUUGGAAGAAAGUGCCAACAAUGGAGCAUUAUGUGAAGAACGGAAUUCCAUCAAGUGGUUACCAAUUGCUUGCAACUACUUGUUGGUUAGGCAUGGGAGAGGUAGCAACAAAGGAUGCAUUUGAUUGGAUAGCAACUGAACCUCCGAUACUUGUUGCUUCCUGUAUCAUUACAAGAUUACUCAAUGAUCUUUUGUCACAUGAGCAUGAACAGGAAAGAGGAGAUGUAGCUUCUGGUAUUGAAUGUUAUAUGAAUGAAUAUGGUGUCACAAAGGAAGAAGCACACAUAGAGAUAAGGAAAAUAAUAGAGAAUCAUUGGAAGGAUUUGAAUCAAGAAUACCUCAACCUCACAACCGUUAUACCAAGAAUCUUGCUCAUGACUAUAAUCAAUCUUACAAGAGGGGCGGAGUUCAUAUAUAAAGAUGAAGAUGCUUAUACUUUUUCCAAAAAUAACUUGAAAGACGUCAUCUCUGUGGUGCUAAUUGAUCCUAUUAUAUAGCUUCAGAACUACAAAAAAAGGAGGGGGAACAAGGAAAAGAAGAGUCACAUUUCUCUAGAAUGCGUAUAUUUGGGAUAAGCUAAUUAAGGGCUGUUUAGUUACCUAUAUUACAAUAAAUAAAUAAAUAAAUAAAUACAUAAAUAAAUAUCCCAAUGUCAAAUUUCGCAUUAAUAAACAGGCGUUUGGUUCCUAUGUUACUCCCUUGUCUAUAUUUGCUUGUCCUUUAUAUUAAAAAUCGAUGUUCGGUUUUA